CCUCUCCAGGAGGGGGGGCAGCCUUCCCUUCCCCGGAGGUGGAGGGUCAGGGUUCUAGCAGGCUUUGUUUGUGCAGGGCAAGCAGGCCCCCGGUAGGGAGGACUGGUUUCCGAGAGUGAAAUCUUUGACUUCACUGGUAGGACGCUCUCAACUGCCAGCCACCUGUCGCCCUGCUUUCCCCUCCUUGGGACCCCUCUACCGAAAUUGCCUUCAGUGUGCUUUAGGGGCUGGGAACCUCUAGCUCGGCUUCUCUUUAUCCCUCCAGACUUUUCCCAGCAGCCCCUGACCAUGAUGCCGACCGAGAGAAUAAUAGUAACUCCCGUAGACAAGUGCUCUGCUCUGAGAGCAGGCACGGACUAAGCAAAUGCUUUGUCACUUGCUGAAUUCAUACCACCUUUCUAUGAGGCAGACACUGUUAUCUACCCCCAUUUAACAGACAGGGAACUGAGGCUCAGGGAGGCUCAGAGACUUGCCUGGAGUCACACAGCUAAGAUGCGGCUGCAUUAGGAUUUGAAUCCAGGCCGCGCAGUGGUGUCCAGGCUGGAGGAGGGGUCAGGAAACGGGGUGGGAAAUGACCAGUUCCUUUGGAAUCCCUGACUCAGCUCCUGGCCUUGGGACGGGCUCUCAGGGCAGCCCCAGGAUAGCAGGUCCUGGUACAGGAGGUGGGGCGAUUGCAGGGCCGUUACUGAGCAUGGUGAGGGAGAAAUGGAGGAAGGUGCAGGGUCUGCCCCCAACUGCCUGACAUUCCACGAGGCUGUAGACCCAGAUUCUCCCACUGGGGCCUCUACUGAUGACAAACUGAGCCCAGGGAGGGGGCGUAGGUACCCUGAGGUCACCCAGCACCUGGUCCAGGUUAUUCUGAGUUCGUUUCUCUUCAGGGUUCUUUCCCCAGGAAGCUCAGAACUCAGGAAAGAGUUAAAUGGACAAUGGAAGGGAGGCACCUCGCAGGUGCUGUGUUGGACAGCCUGCUCACCUGGAUUCUUCAAGUCCGACGUGUCUGAGAGCCCCUGUUUGGAGUGCCCUGCACAUACCCUGCCUUCACCAGAGGGGGCCACCGACUGUGAGUGUGAGGAAGGCUACUUCCGGGCACCGGAGGACCUGCUGUCAAUGCCCUGCACACGCCCACCCUCCGCCCCGAGCUACCUCACAGCUGUGGGCAUGGGUGCCAAAGUGGAGCUGCGCUGGAAGCCCCCCCAGGACAACGGGGGCCGUGAGGACAUCGUCUACAGGGUCACCUGCGAACAAUGCCUGCCUGAGUCAGGCGAGUGCAGGCCCUGCGAGGACAGCGUGCACUACUCCGAGCCACCGGGUGUGCUCACCCGCACCAGUGUGACAGUGAGUGACCUGGAGCCCCACAUGAACUACACCUUUGCCGUCGAGGCCCGAAACGGCGUCUCAGACCUGGUGACCAGCCGCAGUUUCCGCACCGCCAGCGUCAGCAUCAACCAGACAGAACCCCCCAAGGUGACGCUGGAGGACCGCGGCACCACCUCGCUGAGCGUGUCCUGGAGCAUACCCCCGCCUCAGCAGAGCCGUGUGUGGAAGUACGAAGUCACCUACCGCAAGAAGGGGGACUCCAAUAGCUACAACGUUCGCCGCACUGAGGGCUUCUCUGUGACCCUGGAUGACCUGGCUCCAGACACCACCUACCUGGUCCAGGUGCAGGCGCUGACGCAGGAGGGCCAGGGUGCUGGCAGCAAGGUGCACGAGUUCCAGACACUGUCCACGGAAGGAUCUGGCAACAUGGCGGUGAUUGGUGGGGUGGCCGUUGGCGUUGUCAUGCUUCUGGUGCUGGUAGGAAUCGGCCUCUUCAUCCAUCGCAGGAGAAAGAGCCUGCGGACCCGCCAGUCCUCAGAGGACGUUUACUUCUCCAAGUCGGAACAACUGAAGCCCCUGAAGACCUAUGUGGACCCCCACACAUACGAGGACCCCAACCAGGCUGUGCUUAAGUUCACCACCGAGAUCCAUCCGUCCUGUGUCACACGGCAGAAGGUGAUCGGAGCAGGAGAGUUUGGGGAGGUGUACAAGGGGACACUGAAGGCAUCAGGGAAGAAGGAGGUACCUGUGGCCAUCAAGACGCUGAAAGCUGGCUACACUGAGAAGCAGCGGGUGGACUUCCUCAGCGAGGCCAGCAUCAUGGGCCAGUUCAGCCAUCACAACAUCAUCCGCCUGGAGGGCGUCGUCUCCAAAUACAAGCCCAUGAUGAUCAUCACUGAAUACAUGGAGAACGGGGCCCUGGACAAGUUCCUUCGGCAGGAGAAGGACGGCGAGUUCAGCGUGCUGCAGCUGGUGGGCAUGCUACGGGGCAUCGCGGCCGGCAUGAAGUACCUGGCCAACAUGAAUUAUGUCCACCGCGACCUGGCCGCCCGCAACAUCCUCGUCAACAGCAACCUGGUCUGCAAGGUGUCUGACUUCGGCCUGUCCCGUGUGCUAGAGGAUGACCCUGAGGCCACCUACACCACCAGUGGUGGCAAGAUCCCCAUCCGAUGGACCGCCCCGGAGGCCAUUUCCUACCGCAAGUUCACCUCAUCCAGUGAUGUGUGGAGUUACGGCAUCGUCAUGUGGGAGGUGAUGACGUAUGGUGAGCGGCCUUACUGGGAGCUGUCGAACCACGAGGUGAUGAAAGCCAUCAACGAGGGCUUCCGGCUGCCCACGCCCAUGGACUGCCCUUCCGCCAUCUACCAGCUCAUGAUGCAGUGCUGGCAGCAGGAGCGCGCCCGCCGCCCCAAGUUCGCGGACAUCGUCAGCAUCCUCGACAAGCUCAUCCGAGCUCCUGAAUCUCUCAAGACCCUGGCUGACUUUGACCCCCGGGUGUCCAUCCGGUUGCCCAGCACCAGCGGCUCAGAGGGGGUGCCCUUCCGCACAGUGCCCGAGUGGCUGGAGUCCAUCAAGAUGCAGCAGUACACAGAACACUUCCUGGCGGCCGGCUACACCGCCAUCGAGAAGGUGGUGCAGAUGACCAACGAUGACAUCAAGAGGAUCGGGGUACGGCUGCCUGGCCACCAGAAGCGCAUCGCCUAUAGCCUGUUAGGACUCAAGGACCAGGUGAACACAGUGGGGAUCCCCAUCUGAGUCCCAACAUGGCCUUGUGCCCCCUUUGGCCAAGAAUACUUGAAGAAACAGAGUGGCCUACUUGCCAGCUCCGCGCCUGGCCACCAAAGACCUUAUUUAUUUCUAAUUGUCCCUCAUUGAUGCCACCUUGAGGCCUCUGCUUGGGGGGGUCUUGGACGACACCUUGACCUAAACUGAGAUGCUCAGGGACCCCAGGCUGGGGGGCCUCUUUACCUACGAAGGACAGCCAGCCAAGCACUUAGCAGGCACCACCAUGUUCUCAGCAUCCCAUGGGGCAGGAGCCCCGCCAAAGCCUUUGGACAAACCAGUGGGACAUUUCCAAACUGACCUCCCUUUCGCUGUCUUAGGAGGUGGGGGGGUUACCCGGUGGCCAAGGGAACAGGGUACUUCAAGCCCCAUCCACUCUCGAGAAGAGGACAGAUGGUGAACUCAGCUGUAGAGACCCAAAGUGGUUCCCCCAAACCUUUUGUGCCUUCCUCAGACCCCCGGGCCCUGUCCUCAGCCCCAGUGGGCCAAACUCUUGCUUCCCUGGGGCCCUCGCAAGCUGCUUGGUUGUGUUGAGGUUUUUAAAAUAUAUAUUUUGUACUUUGUGGAGAGAAUGUGUGUGUGGCAGGGGGCCUGGCCAGGGCUUGGGGCAGAGGACGGCCUGUGUCAGACAUUCCCAGGCUGGAAGCAAGUCCACCCAUAUCUUGCCCCUUUAGACAACAUUCAUUAUUCCAUCAGUGUUAACGAUUUUGUUUUGUUGGGUAUUGUUUUUUUCAACCUUAAUUUAUUAUUUUUUUUAUAUUUAUUGUUAGGAAAUGACUUAUUUCUGCUCUGGAAUAAAGUUGCAGAUGGUUCAGACUGAA